AUGGACACGAUUGGAAAUGACAUCUUCCAGUCCAUCGUGGAUGAAUUAGUCAACGUUCACGAUGGAAACAGCAAAGAGUUGGCGCCAUAUGCGGCCGUUUCCCGACAAUGGCAAUAUGCUCUUGAGAAGCGCAUCUUCAGACGCUGCACACUGCGAACUUACCCAGGUGAACUCAAGAAAUUCACAGAGACGUACUCGAGGUAUCCUCACCGUCGAGAAGCGCUGCGGGAGCUUAGAUUUACCAGCAAUAUUCCCCGAAACGGCAAUACGGAAGAGGAGCACCAAGAAAAUCAAGACAAAUUCUUCUCGGAUGUCUCUACCUUGUUUGCUACCUUCAGAGACUGGGAACAGGAUGAGCUGGAUACCUCUCUUAGGCCUCUCCAUCUUCGUAUGAGAUGCUGUAUAGACACCUCUCAGAACAGGCGCGUUUAUUCAGAGCAUUUCGCCCCUUCUAUCCGCCCGGAGGACUUGGACAAGCUCCCGUGUAUCCGCCGCAUUACCUCUGUCGAUAUGCAUCACUCCAGGUGUUAUACUAUUCAUCCGCACACAUCGGGGAGGCUGCUGCGUCUCAUGCCGCGUGUAGAGAAGGCUGCUGUAUAUUUUUGGGAUCCUGAGAUUCCAACAACAAGUCGUGGGGCGAAGCGCCGUGCGAUUCGCCGGGCUAUGGCGGACUGUAUCCUGAUGAUUAAAGACUCCCAUCCGGGUUUGAAAAGUCUUUGCGUGGACCGCUAUGGCUGGCAGGACCCUGAGAAUCAUUAUUUCAUGCCCGAGUGUUUGCUCGAGAAUGGCGUGGAUACGCUCUGUCAAGCUAUUCGAUCUCUGUCAUCGCUGCCUCGCCUGGAAGAGCUAAAGUUGAUCGACAUUUUACUCUCUCCAGAUCUGUUCCAAGACCAGUCUAAAGAGGAAGCCACUGACGGCUUGGUGGCAAACCCUUGGCCCGCUCUUAAAUGCCUGGAGAUCAGCACCGAGUGCGUCGCUGCCGAUGGCCGCUGGUGCUUCACUGGCACUCCAGAAGAUAUUUCAGACAAUUCAGACUUUGGCGAAGAUGACUAUGAGGUUGCUACAAAUGAAUUCCCGCCUCCAUUCGGCAGGCAAGGUCGUUACGAAUCGCCUCUAUUCCCUUGGCGCUUCCGUCCUGACCCGACCACUUUCAACCCUUUGAUAUGUGGUCUAGCCAAUAUGAGUAUGCAUAUGCCAAAAUUAGAGCUGGGCUUCUUCAAGAUCCGUUCACAGAGUUAUUUGUCAAGAAGUCUGACUUUUCAGUGGGUAUCUGAAGGAAGUCCAUUCGAAAGUCUGACGGAUCUCAAUAAUGACCCAGAGUAUAUUGGUAAUUGGCAGUCUCGGCAGUGGCGGAUCACGGUUGACUCCGGAAACGCUACAUGGAGGCCGGAUGAUGAAGUCAAGGAAGCUCUGGAAGCAUGGUCAGGGAAGGGGAACAUUAUAGUCGAUCGCUCUGCGGCUGGCCCUCAAAAUUCCCGUAAUCGGGCGCUGCGCUUAGAGGACGACCCAGCUUAUACUCACGAAGUUCUAUAG